AUGGGAAAACGUGAUCACAGUGAUCCCCAGCUGGCAAGCUUGAGCUUUCCUGCUUGUGGUAUGGUCGAUUCCCGCACAGCAUUACGAAGGAAGUUGUCGUGUGACUGGGGACCAGUGGAAGAUGGAUGGAUUGGUGAAAACGAUGAGGAGAAGGUAGAGGAAAAAGCAGCCGGUCCUGCGUCACUGCGUACGCUUUGGCCCUCACUGCAACGGCUUAUAAAGUUGCUGAGGAAGCUUUUGCAUGCUCGGGACACCAGCAUGGCUAUCGAUGCCGCCCUAGAGUUUCAACCGUGA